AUGGAUACGAAGCAUCGCGACGACAAACUCGGCGAGACCACCUCUGCCGACCCCUCGAUCCUCACCGAGAAGCCUGCCCACGACCUCAACGCUGCCGAUACAAAGGCACCCUCAACCCACCAGUCCAGCGAGGAUGAGGUCGAGUACCCACACGGCCUGAAGCUCAUUCUCAUCAUCAUCGCCCUCUGCCUCGCCGUCUUCCUCGUCGCCCUCGACCAGACCAUCAUCGCCCCAGCUCUCGGCGCCAUCACCUCGGAAUAUGGCAGCGUCAAGGACAUUGGCUGGUACGGCUCGGCUUACCUGCUGACCACCACCGCCCUCCAGCCAAUGUACGGCACCGUCUAUAAGCUGUUCAGCGUCAAGUACAUCUACAUCGCCGCCAUCGCCGUGUUCGAGAUUGGUUCCCUGGUCUGCGCCCUCGCACCGAAUUCGACCGCCUUCAUUAUUGGGCGCGCCGUCGCCGGCAUUGGCACGGCCGGCUUGUUCUCGGGUUCCAUUGUCAUCCUCAGCUACACGAUGCCUCUGGAGAAGCGACCUCUUGCCUUUGGUUUGAUUGGCGGCAUGUGGGGUAUUGCGUCGGUCGCUGGACCAUUGCUUGGAGGCGUAUUCACAGAGAAGGCUACUUGGCGGUGGUGCUUCUACAUCAACCUCCCCAUUGGCGGCAUCGCCAUGGUCUUCGUCUUCUUCUUGCUUCACUUGAGCCGCAAGAACAACCCCGAGGGAAAGACGCUCGUCCAGCGCCUCAUGCAGCUCGACCUCAUCGGCACGGCCAUCUUUAUCCCGGCGAUCGUGUGCCUGCUCCUUGCUCUGCAGUGGGGAGGUGCCGAGUACCCCUGGAAGAGCGCCAAAAUCAUCGGCCUCUUUGUCGGAUUCGGUCUCAUGAUCAUCAUCUUCAUCGGAAUCCAGCUGUGGCAGGGAGACAAGGGCACGCUUCCCCCCUACCUCUUCAAGAACCGCAACGUUGUCUGCGCCAUGCUAUUCGCCUGCUUCUUCGGCGCCGCCUUCUUCCCCCUCAUCUACUACCUAUCUCUCUACUUCCAGGCAAUCCAGGGCGUUAGCGCCGUCCAGGCCGGCAUCAAGAUCCUGCCCCUCCUGCUGGCGACCGUCGUCGCCAGUAUGGCCAGCGGCGCGCUCAUCUCCGUCAUCGGCUACUACAGCGCCAUCAUCCUGCCCUCGCUCGUGCUCUUCACCGUCGGCUCCGGUCUGAUCACGACCUUCGAUCUCGACACCCCCAUGCGCGAGUGGUUCGGCUACCAGGUCCUCGCGGGCCUCGGCAUCGGCGCAGGCUUCCAGAUCGGCGUCCUCGUGGUCCAGACCGUGCUCCCUCUCGAAGAGGUCCCCGUCGCGACGGCCGUCGUCCAGUUCUUCCAGUCGUUUGGCGGCGCCAUCAUGAUCGCCGUCGCCCAGAGUCUGUUCCAGACCGGUCUUGUCAACGGGGUCGCCACCCGCGUCCCCGACCUCGACCCGUCCAUCUUCAUCAACGCCGGCGCCGACCAAGUCCGCAGCAUCUUGACUCAGAUGGGGCGUCAGGACGCAAUUGACGCGGUUUUGGAGUCGUACAUGGUUGGUUUGAGACACACGUACUACGUCACCGUUGCAUGUGCUGCGGCCGCUUUUGUUGCGUGCUUGGGUCUGCAGUGGAAGAGUGUCAAGAAGGAGGGCAAGGGGCCCGCGGUUGCUGCUGUUUAG